AUUUUGUUCUAUUGGGCCUGGGCUAAGUUUGGGCUUUAUAAUCACUGAUAAGUAAUUAUUUAUUAAUGCGAUGUACAAAAUGAAUAUCAAACCUGAUUUAAACAGCAUCGAUAGUUAUCAAAAACUAUUCUCUAAGUUAGAUAACCCUGACGUGGUUUUUCAAAAUUUUGUCAAGAAGUUGGCCAAAUAUCACUUUCAGGUCAAAGCUACAAUACAGGAUAUUUUAGAAUGUAGAGAAUCCAUGGAGGCGUUGAGCGAGCUCAAUGAAAAGGGUCGGGCAAAGAUAAAUCUAUUGAGAGAUGAAAUAGAAAAUAUGGAGUUAUAUGGGAAGGAAGCUUCUGAUGAUAAAUAUACUGCGGAACUGGCUUCCCAGAGGCAACAACUGGCUAUCCUUCUUAAAGAGUUCAAGGAUGCCAACAUCUCUAGCAUGUUUGCAAUCGAGAAGGCUCAGCGGGAGGAGCUGCUCAAGCCGCCAGAAGGAGACGAAUCGGCUCUCAGAAACAGAAAGAAAAAAGUUGACCGUGAUGCAUUGCUUGAAAAAUCUUCAGGAGUGACUGAGCAGCUGCUACAAAUCAGCAGACAGUUAGCUGACACAACACAAAGAAGUCAGAAUACACUAGACAGUUUAGUUUCAUCCAGUUCUACAGUACAUGGAACACAAUCAGAGCUUCAUAACACAGCGGGAUCUAUAUCGGAAUCGAGCAAGCUGUUGAAGAAAUACGGACGCAGGGAGUUCACAGACAAACUCAUUAUGUUCUUUGCAUUCCUUUUUUUCUUGGCUGUGUGUCUAUACAUCGUUCAGAAGAGAAUGUUUUAGUGUAAACAUGCCAUUACUUUUAUUUUGGUACUA